AUGUCGAAUAGUUCAUCUCGGCUUGGCUCGUUCAAACCGGUGAGUAAGUGGAUGCUUAACAAGGCUUUUGCUUAUUUCAUCAUUCAUUUCCGUACUCCUGCAUACAUGGCUACAAUCUCUCGCAUCUUCCGCACAUUCUCCACCUCCGCCUCCAAAUCACCGGCGAAAUCUAUCUCCGACGACCUCUACAACGAACGCAACCUCAAACGGGUGGUGGAGAAUUUCAAAAAGUUAUCCGAAUCGCAUUUGUUUCGCAAACAAGCCAACGUUUACGACAAAACAGUGCGUCGUCUAGCAUCCGCCAAGAAGCACAAAUGGGUCGAGGAGAUUCUUGAAGAUCAGAAGCAAUACAAUGACAUUACAAAAGAAGGUUUUGCAGUUCGGUUAAUAUCAUUGUACGGAAAAUCUGGCAUGUUUGAUCAUGCACACAAGGUGUUCGAUGAAAUGCCUGACAGAAACUGUCCGCAGACUGUUAAGUGUUUUAACGCGCUUCUUGGCGCGUGUGUUAAUGCCAAGAAGUUUGAUAAGGUUGAUGAGUUGUUUAGAGAGUUGCCUGAGAAGAUAUCGGUGAAGCCGGAUGUGGUUUCGUAUAAUACUGUGAUUAAGGCUUGUUGUGAGAUGGGGUCGUUUGAAUUGGCCCGUUCGGUGUUUGAUGAGAUUGGGAAGAGUGGAUUGGAGCCUGAUUUGAUUAGUUUUAAUACUUUGCUUAUCGGAUCCACGGUAGGUUUGUUUAUGGGGAGGAAGUUUGGGCUAAGAUGA